CAUUAGUUUAUGGUUUGUUUUGCAGAUUUAUUUUUACUCUCUGCUUGAAUGGCCUUUUUGGCAAAUAAAUACUUGAUUUUUUAAGUCAUCUUAAUACAAAUACAAUAAUGUUACUUUUUUACAAAUUUACUCAUAUGGCAGGUUUUCUUUUGUUUCUCUUGUAAUUUUUGUACCCUCCUCUAAGUCUUUAGAGAUGAAUCAACUACAAGACAAGAUGUCGUCGAUUGGUGUCGAUGUUAGUCAAAUAUGGACUUCAAAAUGCACGCAUAUGGUUAUUGAUGAUUUCACCUCUAUGAACGAUGACAUCAUUGACACUAUAGUGGCUAAAAAACCCCUUGUCAGAUUUAGCUGGAUUGAGUUAAUUGCAGGAAAAACUAUUUGCACCGAAAUGCCAAGCUCCCUCUCGCAUGCACCAACUUUAACAUUCGAAGGGGUAUCUCUGAAAGUUGCUGACCAACAAUCUCGAGAACAUUGUUUGAAAGGACACACUUUUCUGUUGGAAUCUAUACACGAGCAGUAUAAAUUUAAGGAAAAGUUGCAGUUGCUUUUGGAAGCGGGAGGUGCAAAAGUUGUUUACGCCGAAACUCUGGAUCCAUGUGCCCAGAAUUUAAAAGGCAAUCUGGUGCGUGUGAUGCCAACUGGAUUAACAAGAAGCACUAGAAUAUUGAAUAAAUUCAAUUCUCUGCCUAAGGUGGAUGAGACGGAUAUAAUCUCGGCAGUUGUUUCUGGACAUUUGGAUCCUUCAAUUAUGGCAUCAUCACCCGUGUUGGUCUCGUCUUCAUGUUCGACACACGAGACAGUGGUAGCGGAUUCUGAUGUAGAAUUGGAAACUGCCACGUCAGCUCACAAAUCUGUGGUGGUGAACUUAGUCGAGUCCGCUGAAGAUGAAUGCGAGAGAAAUACAGCAAUCCACGAGGCGGAAUCUUCCGGAAAAGAUUGCAAAGCGGAAGAUGUUCAUAUUUCAGAAUCCGCCGAGCGCAACAGUUUUGUAGGGAAUACAGUUGCAUUCAAAACUAGCGAACACGAGAGCCGAGGAUUUUUACCUCUUAAUCGGAAUACUUUUAAACCUGUCAAGACUGAUAGCGUCAACAGUAUUACUUCAUCAGAUGACAGAAACGAAGUUACUUUGUCGAGAAAGGAUAAGGGCCAUUCAUCGGAAAGCGAAAAUAUUGAUGAAGGUAAUUGA